UUUCCUUAUACUAUAAUCCAGCUAUAAAUUAUCUGCUCCUCUCUCUCUCUCAAAAGUUAACAAAAGGGUACUUUCUGCUUUCUCUCCACUAAAACCCCAGCUCCGUUUUCUCUGCCAAUUUCACAUUGUUUUUUCAGUGGAAGCUUAAUGGGCAAACUUCACUAGAACAAAGAAGCUGUUCUUAGUUUGAAGUUUCUCUGCAUUUCUGGUUCUGGGUUAGAGAAAAAGGCUGGUGCUUUUUUUUUAUGAAAGUGGAGCUUAUGAGUUGCUGUUAAUGAGUUAAAACAAAGCAAAGAUCGUAUCCUUCUUCAUUUUUGUGGGUUUCUGGUUUCUGGGUUUCGUCGAGUCAGCUCCCAGUUCAGUUGUUCUGUAAUGGAGAGGAUUUACUUGGUGCAAUUGAUGGUUGUUUUUUGCUUGGGGAUUAUUGUGGGUGUUUCAUGUCAGAAUAAUAAUUCUGAUAGUGCAACUGCAGCUGUUUACAUUGUUACUCUUAAACAAGCUCCAGUUGCUCAUUACUUUGAUGGAGAGCUUAGAAAAGAAACUAAUGUGUUCAGGCAUAGUCCUUCCGGUAGACGAAAUAGAAUGCACAGAUCAAGGAGCAAUUCAAGUUCCCACGGGAACUCUGGUUCAUAUAUAUCUCGCGUUCAUGAUUCAAUAUUGAGGAGGGUACUGAGAGGGGAGAAAUAUCUGAAGCUGUACAGUUAUCACUACUUGAUCAAUGGAUUUGCUGUUCUUGUGACCCCACAACAGGCAGACAAGCUUUUGAGGAGGAGAGAAGUGGCAAAUGUGGUUCUGGAUUUCUCCGUUAGAACGGCAACUACCCACACUCCACAGUUCUUGGGUCUUCCAAAAGGGGCAUGGGUCAAAGAAGGUGGAUAUGAAACUGCUGGUGAAGGAAUUGUGAUUGGCUUUGUUGAUACUGGUGUUGAUCCCACUCACCCGAGCUUUGCUGAUGAUGUAUCCGAGCACUCAUAUCCAGUUCCUGGUCAUUUUUCUGGUGUUUGUGAGGUUACUCGAGACUUCCCUUCUGGUUCAUGCAAUAGGAAGCUUAUUGCGGCACGUCAUUUUGCAGCAUCUGCUAUCACCAGGGGAAUUUUCAAUUCAACUCAGGAUUAUGCUUCUCCUUUUGAUGGUGAUGGACAUGGAACGCAUACGGCCUCUGUUGCUGCAGGAAACCAUGGCAUUCCGGUAAUUGUUGCAGGACAUCACUUUGGAAAUGCGAGUGGGAUGGCUCCUCGUUCACAUAUUGCUGUAUACAAGGCAUUGUACAAGAGUUUUGGAGGCUUUGCAGCAGAUGUUGUUGCUGCAAUAGACCAGGCAGCUCAAGAUGGUGUUGACAUCAUAAGUUUAUCAAUUACUCCCAACAGACGUCCUCCUGGUCUUGCAACAUUUUUCAAUCCCAUAGACAUGGCUUUGCUCUCAGCUGUGAAGGCUGGCAUUUUUGUUGUGCAAGCAGCAGGCAAUACUGGACCAUCGCCCAAGAGUGUGUCCUCCUUCAGUCCUUGGAUCUUCACUGUUGGAGCUGCUUCUCAUGACAGAGUUUACACCAACUCUAUAGUGCUUGGCAACAAUUUAACCAUUCCUGGUGUUGGACUUGCACCGGGAACAGCUAAGGAUACAAUGUACACGCUGAUAUCAGCAAUGCAUGCUUUGAAUAAUGCCACAACAGCUGCCACUGAUAUGUAUGUGGGUGAAUGCCAAGACUCCAGUAACUUCAAUCAGGAUCUGGUCCAAGGAAACCUCUUGAUAUGCAGUUAUUCAAUUCGAUUUGUUCUUGGCCUUUCCACCAUCAAACAAGCCUUUGAAACAGCCAAAAACCUUAGUGCUACUGGUGUUGUGUUCUAUAUGGAUCCUUUUGUGAUUGGUUAUCGGCUUAAUCCAACUCCAAUGAGGAUGCCUGGCAUCAUAAUUGCAUCCCCUGAUGAUUCGAAGGUUUUACUCAAGUACUACAAUUCUUCUUUGGAGAGAGAUGAACUCACGAAGAAAAUCCUUAGAUUUGGGGCAGUUGCCAGCAUUUCAGGUGGACUGAAAGCCAACUACUGUAAUUCUGCUCCGGCAAUUAUGUAUUACUCUGCUAGAGGACCAGAUCCAGAAGACAGUUUUCUUGAUAAUGCCGACAUUUUGAAACCUAACCUGGUAGCUCCUGGAAAUUUUAUAUGGGCUGCUUGGAGUUCUCUUGGCACUGACUCAGUAGAAUUCCAAGGUGAAAACUUUGCAAUGAUGUCUGGGACAAGCAUGGCUGCUCCUCAUGUUGCUGGGUUUGCUGCACUAAUUAAGCAGAAAUUCCCCAGUUUCAGUCCUUCAGCGAUAGCCUCUGCACUCUCCACUACGGCUUCUUUAUUUGAUAACAAUGGUGGGCCAAUAAUGGCUCAACGUGCUUAUGCCAACCCAGAUCAGAAUAUGUCUCCAGCAACUCCAUUCGAUAUGGGCAGUGGUUUUGUGAAUGCAACAGCGGCUCUGGAUCCAGGACUUAUUCUUGAUUCCAGUUAUGAUGACUAUAUGUCAUUUCUCUGCGGCAUCAAUGGAUCUGCUCCUGUUGUCUUCAACUACACAGGCCAAAGUUGUUGGGAUUAUAAUACAACUAUCAAUGGUGCUGACCUGAACUUGCCUUCAAUCACAAUUUCAAAAUUAGAUCAGUCUAGAACAGUUCAAAGAACGAUAACCAAUAUUGCCGGCAACGAGACGUACAGUGUUGGAUGGAGUGCUCCUUAUGGGGUGUCUGUAAAGGUAGCCCCAACACACUUCUCUAUAUGCAGUGGGGAGAAACAGGUCCUGAAUAUAAUGAUCAAUGCAACUAUGAACAGCUCUGUUACCAGCUUUGGAAGGAUUGGACUUUUUGGAAGUCAAGGUCAUAUUCUCAACAUUCCAUUAGCAGUAAUUCUUAAAAUCUCAUACAAUACCAGUAACAGCUGAGGAUUGAGAAACCCUUUUUCUUUUUUACUUAUCUGUCUUUGUUUUCUUAUGUGUUUCAUAACCUGGCUUUUGUUGUGUGUAUUCUGUAAUUGCUCCUUUUUGCUUGUGAGAUGUAUUAACCAAUUUUUUCAUUCAUUAUCAUGUAAAUGCCAAAGCAUUUGUGAUGUAGAUAGUAUUUAUU